CUACGCUCUUCAAGACUAGCGGAUCACAGUACGGUAAAACACUCGGGCAUUACGGACAUCAAGUCACGGAGCGGGACCAGUUUCCAUGGAUAACCAUAGUCACUAUGAUUUCUACCGGGCAGCCUCGAACCCAGACGAUUCCCCGCCCGGCCCUUUCCCCAUGCAAAAAACCUUGUCCGAGGCCACAAGCUACACAGUUGACAGCAGCAUGUCGGCUAGCACAUGUUCGUCGGGAGGCUACCUAAUGGAUUACCCUCUGAGCUCCCCUACGUUUGAGAAUGCCACCAAAUACGACAAGUCGUCGUCCUAUUAUUCGACGAUGCACGAUGACGCUCAGAACACAGACUACUUUGUUUCAUCCACCGGAGCCCAAUAUGCACAUGUCGACAUGCAAGUCCUCGAAGAUGUUCCACUUGUCACAGCUCGGUCCUCGGAAAGGUUUACCACCGCCGUUGGCGAUAUCGAAAACGCCGCCAGCCUAGCUAUGCAGCGAGCCCAGUCACGGCUCGACUUGGGUGGGGAACAGCCUUCAAUUAUUAGCUCGGAUGCCGUCGGAAACCUGGCCCAGCGACUACUACUUCGAAAGCGAGACCGGUGCACUGCAGACCGGAAAGCAGUGCAAAACGUCCUCUACCACCAUCUCUAUCAGCUCUUCAAGGAAGAGGGGACAUUUCCUGAAGACCUGAGGGUGAGCGAGGCACUCGAGGAGGCGGCCUACCAGCUUCAACUCAGGCUACAAGGACAGGAAGCAUCUAGUAUAUCCUACCUUGCAAUUGUAGCAGUUCUUGCCGAGCUUCGGAAACAGCUGGCAAAUGAAGAUUCUGGGGCUCUGGGCCAAGAGGUGCCUGCCUCGCCGUUUCUAGAGUCCCCCAUACCAGAGAAAGAGAGAUUUACGUGUCUUGUUUCCGGGUGCAAGCAAAAAGGGUUUGGCCGGUCAGCAGACUUGGACCGUCAUUACAAAAACGUGCACCUAGAGGAGGUGCACAAGAAGAAAUUCUCUUGCGACUACCGGAAGUGUCACCGCCGUGAAAUCCCCUUUUUCCGUCAAGAUCACUUCCGUGACCACCUCCGAGAAUUCCACAAGGAAGAUCUUCCUCGCCGUGGUAGCAAGGGUGAUGCUGAAUGGUGGAAGACUCGGUCUCCCCUCGCCAUGUUUAGCGGGUGGUGGCGUUGUAAUCGGUGUCUAACCACACGAGUGCAAUACGCAACUCACGGCUUCGAGUGCCCAACAUGUGGGAGUAACUGCGAGCCCGACCGACAGAAACACCGAGUGUCUCCUUGCUAAGGCAGCAAAAGCAGGAGAUGUAUUUCUCGUUCCCUGUUUGUCUUACUCUGCUUUCGCCCUAGAAGCUUUCUGGCUUGCUUUUUUGUCGGAUGUGUCGAAUACUGAGGAAUAUGGGCAUCAGAUGUUCGCCCUCUAGGUUGA